AUGAAAAUUGCUGAUAAAAACAAAGUACAACAGCAAAAGAACAAGAAGAAGACUAUUGUGGAACCGAAAAGGGAGCAAGUGUUGAUUGUCGCUCAGGAAAUAAGAUUUGCUAGACUACUCGCUGACAACGAGAAAAAGACACGAGAUCGUGCUGUGAAAAGCUUGAAAAAAUGGCUUAUAAAUUGUUUCCAGAGAAACUACGAGUUCAAAGAAGAUGACUUCACAAGGAUCUGGAAGGGCCUGUUCUACGCCGUCUGGAUGUCCGACAAGCCCCUUGUGCAGGAAGAGCUCUGCGAUAACAUUGCAAGUAUCCUGGACCAGUUCCCACCGGACCAGCUCCGCCAUGCACUGCUGCUGGUUAAAAGUGGAUUUAAGGUUCUGGCCGCUGAGUGGUAUGGAAUAGAUCAGCACAGAAUCGACAAAUGUCUUAUGCUUGUCCGACGCUACCUUCGCGGGAGCCUCCGGUGCUUGCAACGCUGCGACUGGAGCGUGCACAGCUGCAAGAUGUACUCCAAGAUGUUCACUGCAAAAGACGGUUUAUUGUGUGUGAACACGCCGGUGUACGCUCGCAACGCCACGUCGAUGAUUCUACAUAUUAUUGAUUGCUUCCUAGAAGAAUUAGCUAAGGUGUCAGGCGGGAGCAUUCCGUUGGAGAGCAUGUCGGAGCUGCUCCGGCCGUUUUGCCAGCUGGUGUGCCUGGGAGAAAACCCGGCGCUGAGUCUUGCCAGUCGCCAGCUGCUCUCGGCGCUGCUGCGGCAGAGCGACGCCGGCUUGCAGUACCAAGAGAGGACCAGGGCUUGGGAACAGAUGGGCUGUCCCGAAGGUGGUCCCGACGCGCUGGAACUAGCUUCGGAUGAUGAUGGCGACGAGCAGAACGCUGCCAUCGAGGAGGAUCUUGGCGUCAGCCAGGAGACCCCGCUGGACCCCCGCGCCGGGCGCGUGGACGUGCUGCUGCCGUCGCUGCCGGUGCCGGCGGCGCAGCUGGCGCAGGCGCUGCGGCAGCUGCUGGCGCACGCCCCGCCCAGGGCGCAGCGCAGGGCCAGGAUCUGCUUGCAGAGGUUCGAGACGCUGUCAAAGUCGGAGUACCCCCUCCGCAUCACUACCUCUCCCCUUGCGGUGCGACCCCUUCCCCCCGCUCUCCCUGCUGCGCGUUCUCUGGCAGCAUUGGAGAGGACCCUUAUCUCUGCUUCGGAUGAACUUGCUUUGAGAGGUCUGAGCCGAAAACACCGCAAGAGACUUCUCGCCAAGAGUCGAGCAGGACUUAGCAUCGUCGAGGACGUCCAGACGCAGAAUGGCCUUAGCACGGAGUCUGCUACCGGCAAUUGGAAAGUGGAAGAGGAACCGGAAAAGGAUCAAAAAGAUACCUCAAAUAAAGAAAACAUCGGAAAAAACAAAAAACGAAAAAUGGAAAAAACAACCGAUAUUGUUACAAAGAAACAAAAGCUUGAUGUAAAAGAAGCGAAUGCCGACAAGGGAGUGAAAAAAGAAAAAACAAAGAAACUUAUUCAAAAACAAAGUGUUGACAGAGUAAAAAACGCACCAGCUCUUAUAAAAGAAAAGAAGAACCAGAAACCUGAAACAGAAAAAUCCGAACCUACACAGCGACCUGUAAUAGAAGCACCAAGAAAACCUAAAACAGACAAAUUAAAACACGAACCCGCAGUUGUGGCUAAAAAGGUUAAAAAUUUCCAAAAACAAUUAUCACCUAAAACAGACAAAACUGACAAAAAUUCAUCAUUACAUACGCCAAAAAAAGUUAAAUUUGUGUUAAAAAAUAAUUCCAUGCAAGGCACCAUUGACUACUACAAAAGUGUGAAACAGAGUCCGAAUAUACCAUUUGACAGUUCAAAAAAACCGGUUAAGACAAAUUUAAAACCGUCAACCCCGUCGCCAAUAAAUCCGUUUUUUAAGAAAAAAAUGAAAUUAAAAAUUAAGUAAG